AUGCUGCUGCUGCUGGCAACACUCGCACUCGCUGCUGCACCAGCACACGCGCAGUACUACUAUGGAGACAACGGAGGAUCAUCGUACGGCGUCCGCGUAGGCGUGGGAAUAGGCAUUGCCGUCGCCGUAGCCCUCAUCAUCCUGCUCGUCGGCUUCCUCAUGCGCCGCCGGCGCGCACGGGCUUUCAAAGCCGCGUUCCCGCUCCAACAGUCGAACUAUCAGCAGUCGCAGGGCCAGCAGGGCCAGAACGGGUAUUACGGACAGCAGUGGGGAGCUCAGCAGCCGUAUGGGCAGAGUCAGGCGUAUGGAGCUCCGAGUCCGGCUGCGGCGGGAGGAGGAGCGGGAGCGGGAGGAGACUACACCCAACCGCCGCCGCAAUACUCGAACUACCGCCCCGACACCAAUUCGCACUACUCGCCUCCUCCCGGUCCCCCGCCCGUCUCGACGCACAACUCGCAGUACGCCCCUCCGGCCACCCCUCCUGCCGCCGCAACAGGCACGACGCCCUACUAUGCCCCGCCGCCUGGUCCGCCGCCUUCGGGCAAGUGA